UCGGAGCCACCAAUCGCGUCGCGGUAUGGUGCCGGAGAUUCCGGAUGGCUUCGAGCUCCGGCGGCAGCUCGGGGCCCAGCGGAGCCAUGGGACCGGGACGGGCGGGGGCCCUGGGCCUCGGCCUGUGGCUGCUGCUGGGGGUCCUGGGCGGAGCAGCGAGCGAGCCCCACUCCCUGCGCUAUUUCGACACCGGGGUGUCGGACCCGAGCCCGGGGGUGCCGCAGUUCGUGACCGUGGGGUACGUGGAUGGGGAGGUCUUCGUGCGCUAUGACAGCGAGACCAGGAGGAUGGCGCCCCGGGUGGACUGGAUUGCGGCCAAUACGGAUCAGCAGUACUGGGACAGGGAGACUGAGAACUUACAGAGGAGUGAGCAGGUUUUCCACGUAGGCCUGGACACGCUGCGGGAGCGCUACAACCAGAGCAGGGGGUCUCACACGUUGCAGCGCAUGUAUGGCUGUGACCUCCUUGAGGAUGGUAGUAUUAGGGGGUUUCACCAGAUUGGCUAUGAAGGAAAUGACUUCCUUGCCUUUGACAAAGACACGCUGACGUACACUGCAGCGGACGCUGCAGCACUAAUCACCAAGAGGAAGUGGGAGCAGGAAGGGACUGAUGCUGAGCGCAACAAGUACUACCUGGAGAACACCUGCAUUGAGUGGCUGAGGAAAUACAUGAGCUUUGGGAAGGACGUGCUGGAGAGGAGAGAACGCCCCGAGGUUCGAGUGUCCGGGAUGGAGGCCGAAAAGAUCCUGACCUUGUCCUGCCGUGCUCACGGCUUCUACCCGCGACCCAUCUCCAUCAGCUGGCUGAAGGAUGGCGUGGUCCAGGAGCAGGAGACCCAGAGGGGGAGCACCGUGCCCAACAGUGACGGCACCUACCAUGCCUGGGCCACCAUCGAUGUCCUGCCGGGGAACAGGGACAAGUACCAGUGCCGUGUGGAGCAUGCCAGCCUGCCCCAGCCCGGCCUCUUCUCAUGGGAGCCACAGUCCAACCUGAUCCCCAUCGUGGUGGGGGUGGCUGUCGCUGUCGUGGCUGUCAUCGCUGCCCUGGCUGGAUUUGCUGUCUGGAAGAGCAAGCAGGGUAACGUGCCUGGGCAGGGAAGAAGGAGAAGGGCUACAAUGUGGCACCAGGUAGCCCCAUUACCAGUGCAGCUGGAAGGCAUGCCCCGCUGCUUUCAGCCUGUGCCUUAGUGACGGUGGUUCUGCAGAGAGCUGACAAAGAAUGGAGGCUGCUUGAGAAGACAGGAUGGAUGAAGAGUUAGGGAAGAAAGCAAGGCAGGCAGUCUGGCUUCGAGAACUGACCCAGUAACUGUGCACCGACCAAGGUAAGAAAUAGGAAGCAUUGCCUUGGCAGUCUGCUGGCCCUGCCCAUGGCUCGUCGACCACUUUGGAGGAGCUGCCAGCCCUGGGUCUGUCUCUGUGCUCUCCUGGGGCUUCCCCAGCUCAGGAAACCCCCUCUAGGCUGCGGUGAAUCAAGGAACAUCUGCUGUAUUGGGACUGGAUGAAGGGAGAGAAAUAAUAGGGGAGAAAGCUACUACUGCGGGAACAUGGGGCUGGUUUUUACAGACUGUGGAUACCAGGACUGGGCGAACUGACUACACCUGUAACUGAGGGCAGCAAGGAUGAGGAAAUAGAACCCAUCUCCUGGGAAGUGGAAAGGGAAAAGGCAUUCAAAGCUAUUACAGAUGCCUUAACAUCUGCCCCUGCACUGGGGCUCCCAGAUUACUCAAAGCCUUUUGAUUUAUUUGCCCAGGGGCUGGGUCCAGCACGCGCUCUGAAGGCCUCUCCACCCUUGAUGGAAUCCACAGAUCCUCCCAGUUCGGUGUCAUUAUCAACAACUUGAUUGACAACUGUAUUGACCCGUUUAUGAAUACCACAUCUCAAGUGGACAAUGCAAUAGAUUGCUGGCAUUGUUAAAAAAACAAACAAAA